GAGAAAUGAACUGAAGUUGGUAGUUCAAAUCGACAUCGUGGACAAGAGAGGUGGUAGUUUCUUCAACUUACGAGAAAAAUUUCGGACCAUAACAGACAGUUGGACCUCUAGAAUGAAAGUCUUUCCUCUCUGUCUCUUAUCUCAGUGACAAGUGAUUAUCCUGGCUUAUAUUUCGGGCACAGAUUUUCGUGCCGGCUAUUGUGCGCGCGUCCAUGAUGGUUGUACGAAGUCGCCUUCAGUUGACGCUGGCGAUUCUAAAACCUGACUUAAUGAUGCACCCAGUGAGAACCAAGGUGAGAAAAGUUCUAGUAAGAUUUCUGCGCUGUCCCAUACAUUUAUUCAUGCGGCAAUCUCAUAUUAUUUCACACAAAAUUGAAUGAGCUAGUGAAGUCGAAGCAUACAUCAGUUUAAUGUGAUGGGCCUGUGCGGAAAUCUUACCCCUGCUUACCCCUGAAACCUUUCCCUGUCUUGUUCCAGAUACACCGUACACUUCUCUGUUCUUACCCCCAGAUAUACCUCUGCCUUCUUACCCCACAUCAUUCUCCCUCUUUUACCCCCCUCCAUUCUCGCCCUAGAUAUACUUCCGCCUUUUUCUUACCCCAGGGACCUUUCCCUAUCUUAUUCUAAACACACCGUACGCUUCCCUCUUCUUACCCCAGGUACACCUCUGCCACCUCUGCCUUCUUACCCCAGAUCUACUUGCCACUUUAACUUGUUGUGACAAAAUCGUAAUUGUUUCCAUGAUAGAAAGUGAAGAAGAUCAUAAAGGACAACGGCUUCCUUGUCGUUCAUUCAAAAGUUACACAGCUAAACCAGCAAGAAGCAGAAAAGUUCUAUGAAGAGCACAAAGGUUAGGAACGUAAUAAAUAAUAAUUGUUUCUUUUCUAACCAAUACAUGAUUACCACAAAUUAUUAUUCUCUUUUCGGUAGAAAUAAGAAUACCAUUUGACACUCAUUGACUUGAGAGGAAGCUGAAUUUUUGAAAUGGCAAUUUUUUUGUAUUUUACAGGAAAUAAUUUUGCAGUCGGUACUGUCUGGUUUUUGUCAAAGGGGGUUAAAUUUUGUGAUGAUGUUAAAAAAUUCAACAUGAAAAAAUCUAAAGAAAUAUUAUUACACAAAUUAUGAAAACUUCUAAAAUCAACUGUUAUGUUACUGUAUGCAUUUUGUCAUUGACACGCAAAGUGCUUAGAAUGAAAUAUUAUUUCUGAUUAGAAGAGAUUUUUUGUUUUUUAGAGAUGAUGGUCAUUUUCUUCAGCAAUAUAAUUGCACAAUUUGUUUUGGUUUGAUAACAGGGUUUAAAGACAAAAAUAUUUGGUGGCUUUAUAAAAUAUAACUGCUUAUUGAAUUUUGAAUUGAUAUAAAACGCCUUUAAGAGUCACUCAGGAAACUCGCAAAAAGGGCAGGAUAAAAAAUUGAAAUCCACUUGCCCAGUGGGCAAGUAAUUUUAACUUUUCACUUGCCCCCACUUAAAGGGGCUAUGUCACUCAACACGCAUGCGCGAGCCAAUGAAAACAAACUUGAAAAAGACAGCCCAACUUUUUCAAGUUGUGUCGGAGAUUUUGGAAGGCUGUUUUUAUCUGUCUAAAUCUCAGCCAUCGUUCGAUAGUUAGCGAAGUUUUGUAUUAAGAAUCAUUCUAUGGUGAUUACAGAACAAUUUUUUGGCGUUAUUUUAAAAUUGUUUGCCUGUGGAAUGUUUUUAGGUGGAUUUACUGUGUCCUCUUAUCAGCGGCCGUUGUAAUGGCAGAGUUAAUGACGGCUACUCCACAAUGAGGGAUGGAAUCUUUGAUGGAAUCUUCCCUAUGGUUCACAGGACCUUUCUAUUGAGUUAUUUUAGAGGCUGCUGGCUCUUGGAUUUUUCUUGUGCUCAAAGUAUGUGGACAUAUAAUGAAGCGGCUAUCGAGUUGGCGGCGGCCGUUUUUUUGUAAACGAUUACAAGAGCAUCAGGCCAUGAGUUUCGUGUGAAACUAAACUCCUGGCGAAGGAAACAUUCUAAAAUUCGGCUAGAUUCCUUCUUGUAUCUAUCUCGAUUCACGGCAAAGAUAAACACGACCGUUUGCUCGUCCAGAUUGUUCUCAACGGUUUUAGAGAGGCACCUUAGUACGAGUUAGAUCCUGUAAAUGCCAUGUUUUUGAACUGUUUGUGUUGGAGCAUAAUUUUGGAAAAUAGCAGAGUUUGCUUUCCCUUUUUAUCAACGGACUGCUUAUGGUGGAGUAGUAUACCAAUGAUGCUGGGUUUUUCUUGACGUCGCAGUGAUUCGGCACGAUCGAACAAUUUUUGCGCGACAAUGUAUGUUUCCCUAAGAUCAAAACAAAGACUUGGUCUCUUGUUCUAUCAGCAUCUAAAUUAUAAAAUCAAUAGCGACAGACAAGUCUAAUUGUUAAUGAUUUGAAACAGUCUUGGUCUUUAUCUUCGGUCUAGCGACUUUUGUAGCUCGUUUGUAAAAUACAACUUCCAUUUAUUUUGUUGAAUAAGACAAUAUGUUGUUGUUGAAUUUUUGUUUGCGCUCUAUUUUAUGAAUGGCAUGCGUUUUUACUUCAAAACUACAAGUAAAAUUGUCGUCGCUAUUUUAUUCUUGAUCUAGCAUAACCAGAGAAGAAGCGUUCCAUAAAUUCUAUCGAAAUAUCCCUUACCUAAACCCAUUUCGCUAAACCUCUCUAAAUUCGGAACCUUGGACGUGACAGAGAACAUGAAGAAAGUCACGCGUUAAAAACAAUAGAAUUUUGACAGUUGAAAGUAAUUUGCAUAACCUCACAGCGCUCAUGGAGAAAGUCACGCGUUAAAAACAAUAGAAUUUUGACAGUUGAAAGUAAUUUGCAUAACCUCAGAGCGCAUGCUCUCCAGCUGACAUGGCCCCUUUAAAUGUUAUUAAGGGAACACAGUGCCUUAUCAUCUAUAGUUCUGAGGUAAUGUCUAUAGUAAGUUAUAGAUUAUAACAAAGUGUUUAAGAGUACUAGUACAUAAAUACUGUGACAGAUACAGGGUAACUACUGGAUUUGACCAAUAUGGUGAUCAGAGCAGUAACACCAGAGGGCAAAUGUGCACUUUUAUUUUAAAUUGAUUCAUGCUUUCAACUAAUUGUGUCACUCACCUUGCAGUCUUCAGUUUGGAAAUUAUCAUUACCAAGCUGACACUUUCAGACAUACUCACAGGACAUGCUAACCUUAAUUUCUCUUGCCCACUGGGCACCAAAUUUUUUUCUUUCCCAACAUCAAAAUUUACUUGCCCCAGGCAAUCAGACCUGGGUUUUUUUCCCCGCCCUGCACUAACUUUUCAACUGUUAUUAAUUUUUUUUUCAGAACGUUUUUUCUACACAAGGCUUAUUACUUUCAUGAGCAGGUGGUUAUUAAGCUCCCUGAUUAAUUCUCUUGUAAAAUUGUAAAAAAAAUAUGUAUCAUAUUGUAAUAAGAUAUAUAAAUUAUUUAUUUACCCACAAAGCACUUGGGAGUUCUCAAGACCUUGUUAAAAUGUGUCCAUCCAUAUCAGAUCAAAAUUGGAAUUUGUUCCAAGUGUACAUGUAAGUAUUUGAGGGGAGAAGAAAACUGGAGAAAAAGCUCUCAGAGCAAAAGAGAGAACCAGCAACAAACUUUUUCAGUUUUCCGUCUGGUGUAUACUGGUGAGACGGUAUGCUUUUUCUUUUUCUCAAUGGUCAAAGAUUGACUUUAGGUUAAUGAUUAACUGAGGAAGGUUUUUUGACUUAAAGACUUUAGGUGUUGAAGUACUACACUUAACACCCAAGAAAAUAGACAGCAGCUAAAAUCCUGGCCAAAAUAAAUAAUAUAUGCUUUUCAGAAAAUAUAAUCUUUCGCUAUUACUGGCAGACUCUCGCUACAAUCAAAUUCCAUUAGUGCAGCCAUCUUUGGGAAAGCGAUUUCGUAGUGAAAGUCUGUAAAAGCAGGAGUUAGUUCCAGUCAAACAUCUGUUCUUAGUUUUCACCAGGAAUUUAGCUGUUUUGUGAAUUGGUUGAUUGUUUGUAAUUGUGAUGUGUCCACAAGCCAAGUGUUGACUGUAUUAAGGAUACUAAAUUGCAUUGACUGUAUUUACAAGACCCUUUUUAAACAGUAGUUAGUCAGAAAACAAAUUACUUCUUCAAGACCUAUUGUCUUUACUGUAGUGUAAGAAAAAUUUCUUCCGUUCCCUUCCCCUCAUUUUUAGACUGUUCUCUCUCCCCUAUUUUCCAUUUUAUUUUUGAGCUUGAUUGCUGAAGAGUUCAAAUUGUCCAUGGGUACUGGGGGUGGGUAUACCCAGGGUUCACACAGUCUUGAAAAGUCCUUGAAUUCCAUUUUUCCUUGAAAAGUCCUUAAAUGUCUGUGCAAGUCCUUGAAAAGUCCUUGAAUUUUCUUGAACUUUGAAUGUGGUGGCCUGGAAAGUGUUUUUUAAUGCUUUUCGGGUUGUCGAAGACAGAAUAUAAAUCAUAGCUCAGAGAAGUUAAUGGUGAUUUGCAUAAAGCUUUUCGGUUUUAUGUAAUAGUUAACUAUCAAUUGAAGACAAGAGAACUGAAAAAUGUGGAAAAGUUGGUGAAGCAAACAGUUCAAACCUUAAGGUCCUAUUAGAAUGGACUGGGAAGGUGCAUUUUUGUACAGUUCCUAGUAGGUGGUCCUUGAAAUCGAAUGAGGUCCUUGAAAAGUCCUUGAAAAGUCCGUAAAAAAAGGUUGCAAUUUUAUUUAUGAACCCUGUGUAUCACCUGUCCUUCCAUCCACCUGGGUCUUUGUGCCCCUCCCAGUUUUAGCUCACCAAGAGAAUUCACGACAGCGGCCCUUGACCUCGACAGUCACACCGAAAAAUAGGAGAUGUGAACAGUAAACCUGUGUGAACUUCUUUUUGGGACAAUAAUAAUUGAUCUCCAUGACUGUAGUCAAGCUGUUGCCACCUUGCCUAGGAGCUUGUAACAGUUACAGUAGAACUCCGUUAACUCGAAUUCCCAGGGGAAUUGGAAAAUAGUUCUAGUUGGUGAGGGUUCAAGUUCUCAAGGUCGAUUGAAAAGUCAUUUUGCCAUGUUUAUUAGUGUUUGUUUACUGAUUUUUUUUAGCACGAUUGAAAAGUCAUUUUGCUAUGUCUAUUACUGGUUGUGUACUGAUUUUUUUCAGCACGAUUGAAAAGUCAUUUUGCUAUGUUUAUUACUGUUUGUUUACUGAUUUUUUUAGCGCGUCAGUAUACAGUACAGUGCAUAUUAAACUUAUCUUAUCAGAAACUGUAACCGAAAUGAUCCGGUACGACUCAUAAUGUUGGGUAAUGACUUUUAAAUAAUUAUGUGAAAAAUUCGUCGCACUUAUUAGAAUUAAAUUGCUGUAGUGUCAGUUUUAGGGUUUUUACCGAUUACUCGACAAGAGUUGCAAGAACCAGCAUUCGAGUUAUCGGGGUAAAUUUUGAUUAAGGGAAACGAAAUUUAGAUCGAGAUAGCAGGACCGAGUAAAAAUGACUGAAACGUGAGGUGGAAUCCGAGACGAAUGGGAGCUUAGUUCGAGUUAACGGGGAGUUGGAAUUAUCCGAGUUUUAGUUACCACCGGGGUUUCUACUGCCGUAUAUAUUAACAUAAGUGCACACCACUCACAUGCUUGUUUGAGACCUAACCUAAAUAUUCUUCUUUGUCAGUUUAGUGGACCAUUGACAGCGAUGAUACUUGCAAGGGAAAACUGCAUAACUCUCUGGCGAGACCUAAUGGGGCCCACCAAAACUUACAGGUAACCCAGAAGAUGUAUUAAUGUCCCUCUCCCUUACCCGGUAGUAUUCCUGCAACAAUUGAAUUCGGGAAGAAAAAUUCCUAGUUACACUAGAAAGAGGCUAUUUGAUUACCACUACCAAGAUCUUUCUGGAUUUUAUUGUCUUUUAAAAUUAUUGCUUUUUCUGAAAACUUUGCUGAGAUUACAAAAUUUCAAUGUAAGAGAGCAGCCAACUUUGAAAGUGGCAACAGUUUUUCAAAUGUUAUUGCAUUUUUGUGAUGUACGGAGAAGUUUCAUCACCACUUUGUCCUCUUUCAACUUUGGAUAACUUAUGGAAGCAAAAACAUACCAUAUUUGAAACUUUUGAAUAGCAACACUUAAAAGUUGCUUUAUAUGCUUGAAAUCGUUUUUAAGCUUGCAAGCGUAAGGUUAGCCUGCGCGCAGACGAAAUUAAACUCUGGUUAACUCCGUCUGCGAAACAGCGCCGAAAUCCUUGUUCUGGACUUCCAGCUGUGUACCCAGAUUUGAGUACGCGCCACGAUUGGCCAGUUAAAAAAGGCCUUUGUUUUGUUUGUCGUGAUCGCCAAUCAGGUUGAAGGGGAAUUCGAAACGCACUUCCGGUAAUUCGUUGAGUCCGUUGGGGGUCCAGAACAAGGAUCUCUGCACUGCUUCGCAGACGGUACUAAUCAGAGUUUAGUUAUCGUCUGCACGCAGGCUAGUGUAAGGUAUCUGUCAAGAUUUUUAUGCACAGUUACGUUUUCCUUCUUUCAGAGCAAGAGACAUCGCUCCGACCAGUAUCAGAGCCUUGUAUGGUAUAAGCGACACUAGAAAUGCUACUCACGGUUCAGGUAAGGUUACUUUUCACUUUGGUUUACCGCUGGCAAAAAAAAAAACUUGGCACCACCUUGUUAUCCGAUCCGAAUUAAAACCAAAACCAGUCGAAUGCUCUGGGGCUCAGACUUUUCGUCGUUGUUGGAGAUCAGGUCGGUUAAUAAGAAUGUUUGCUCGUAUCAGUGACGUAUCGUGUGUGAUUGGUCGAAACAAUUAGAGCGAUUUUCGUAUGACCUUGAAAUGAUAACGCGCGAACAAAAAAGGAACAACAAACGAACGGAAAUAGAGCGAUUUGAUUGGUUUAUCGAACGGAUACAAACGCCGGGUGAAAAAAGUUCAUUCCCGAGAACUUUCUAGAAAUCAAUCGAUACUUCACUCUGACGUCAUACUGCAACACGAUUGGCCAAUCGAACAAUGCCUUCUCCAUAUUAGGGUUUUCUUGGAGGGAAAACGAAGAGUCCAUGUUUUGAUCUUUUCAUUCAUUUGCUGAUAAAACAAAUAACGAACACUUACCGAAACCAUUUUUCAAGGUCAUACGAAAAUCGCUCUCAGGUACAGUAAAACGGGUUACAAAAACGUGCAUCUUGUUUUUUGACAUUGUUGAAAACGAGUAGAAUAGCGAUGCGGCACGUUUUGCUACCCACGAAUCAAACCCGUGUCUUGCUACAAAUCAGGUCCUUGCAAGUUGCGAAAAUUUGCUGCAGAAAUUAAAGAGUAGUUCUACUUUUUGCUACGGAUUGCAGUUGUACUUUUUGAAAACUUGUUAGCUUAAUAAGGCAGAUUUCAAAGCUCAUGUUUGUUGUUUGUAACAUUUGAUAUAACGCUUCCGAGAGAAACAUGUACUUGUUUGAAACGAGGCUCUGAUAUUUUUAUUCACAAAUAAUUUCGAAUAGCUAAAAAGGACGCCUAAUUGGCACUGUUAACAAAAUGAACUAGACAGCCUUGACAGACAACCCUUUUAGAAUUUAACUUUUGUUUUGUUGUUGUUAUCGUUUACAACAAUUCGUAUCCUUCGUGGCAGGCGUCGAAAGGUAUAGGGGAUGAGGGGGAGGGGAGGGGUUUCUUUCCUUCCCCUCUCCUCCCCUCCCGUCCUCUUUUUUUGCCUACCUCGCAGUCUAAACAAUUUGUCGCCAAAUAACACACCCAGUCACCUGAAUACACUGAUUUCAGGCGCGGCUAAUAAUUUCGAUCUUUUUUUGCAGAUUCAGAUGAGUCCGCCCAAAAGGAGAUCGGCUUCUUUUUUCCUGACUUCUGUAGCAACCACUGGGGUGAAAACCUCGAACCGUUAUAUCGCGAAAAAAGACAUGAACUGAUCUGGGACGACAAUCAAGGUAUUCACUAUCUU